UUCGAUCUCUUCUCUCUUCCCAUACGCCUCUUUCGCGGUGUACUUGUGGGGGGUGGGUGCGGGAAAUCGCCGGGCGGAAUGGUGCUGAGUGGAGCUCGUGCUCCGACGCUCGUUUUCGGAGCGCCGGACGGACGGGGCAAUUCGGGAUCGUCUUUUCCAGCCCCGCACCGUGCAGUUGGUUUAGAGGCUCUUCUGGCGAAGGAUUCGAUGAUGGGUGUUGCUCGAAUUGGCCUCUCGAUGAUGGGUCGUUUGAAAUUUCGCUCAUUUCUCGACCCCAUCGUGCUGAUUGAACGUAGCUCGUGCGAAAGAAAGUUUAUUUAAGCCUCUCCCGUUGGCGACGGUGUUCUCCCGAGGCUGCGGCACUCUUCCUUGAUUGGGGUGGUUGUGUUGGAAACGGGUUUAGGAUUUUGUCCGGUAGUUUUACCAGGGAUCAAGCUGGCUGGGUUCGUUGUGUUUCUCUUGUUCGAUGAGAAUGUCGCUUUAAUUUAUGGAAGCGAUGGGUGCCUCGGUAGAGUCGGCACAGGAUAAUGAUAUAGCUGGAACAGGAAGACACGAGGCCAAUGUACCGGAAUUGGACGGUUACAAGCACCGCGUGGAUGAGAUUCUCAUGAAAGUCGAUCAGCUCGAGCAAAGAGUCAACGAAGUUGAGCUGUUCUAUCUCAAUACAAGUAAAAAGCAAGUGAACACUUCGAAAGGUAGCUCAGUAGUUAAGGAUAAAGAUAAAGAGAGGCAAAUCCCUAGCUUAAAGAAGCUGCAACUGGAUGCAUCUCGCAGAGAAGCAGCUGCUGCAAAGAGAAUGCAGGAGCUCAUGCGCCAAUUUGGCACAAUAUUGCGUCAGAUCACUCAACACAAAUGGGCAUGGCCUUUUAUGCAACCUGUAGAUGUUAAAGCUCUUGGCUUGGACGACUAUUAUGAGGUGAUUGAUAAGCCAAUGGACUUCAGUACAAUAAAAAAUCAAAUGGAGGCUAAAGAUGGUACUGGUUACAAAAAUGUCCGUGAAAUAUGUGGUGAUGUGAGGUUGGUUUUCAAGAAUGCAAUGAAAUAUAAUGCUGAAAAAAGUGAUGUUCACGUAAUGGCCAAAACUUUGCUGGAAAAAUUUGAGGAGAGGUGGCUGCAGCUAUUGCCCAAGGUUACCGAGGAGGAGAAAAGACGAGAAGAGGAGGAGUCAGUUGCGCAGAUGGACAUGCAGCUUGCUCAGGAGGCUGCUUAUGCAAAGUUGGCAAGAGACAUAAGUAAUGAGCUCUAUGAGGUUGAUUUGCAUUUGGAAGAGCUUAGGGAAAUGGUUGUUCGGAAAUGCAGGAAAAUAUCGACUGAGGAGAAAAGAAACAUCGGCACAGCCCUUAGUUUGUUGUCUCCUGAAGAUCUCCUUAAGGCAUUGGAGAUUGUCGCUCAGAAUGAUCCAAGCUUCCAAUCAACAGCUGAGGAAAUAAACCUGGACAUGGAUGCUCAGAGUGAAUCUACUUUAUGGAGGUUGAAAUUCUUUGUGAAGGAUGCUUUGGAAGUUCAGGGGAAGACUUCAUUAAGUACUGGGGGAGAUAACAACAAUACCAAUAACUUGAGCAAGAACAAAAAUAACAACAGUAACGGUAACCGGAUCAACAAGAGGAAAAGAGAGAUAUGUGAUGCCAUCACUAAAUCUGCCAAGAAAAGGAGUAAGAAACCCACCCUCAUGAUUGCAUCACAGAGAACAUAGUCAAGGGAGAUGUGGGGUUUCACAUGAAUCCCGAAAAGGCUUUCGGCUGAUCGGAAUCGCAGACCUAGUGUUGUAGCGGUUUUCCCCUCUUUCGUGUCUAUGGAGUCAUAGUUGAUGCAGCUAAGUGACCCUUAGAGUUUGGGUUGCCGUUGGCAUCGAGCAGAAACUUGUUCUAGCCGCCGACAUUGUAAAUUCUCCCACUCUUGCUAAGAUUUUGUUUCGCUCCUUAA